GUUGUAAUUCAGAGAUGGAUAAGUGUCACCGUUGGUAUUUAUUAUUAUUUUUUGGCACCUUUUACAAUAAAUUUCCAGAUAUCAGCAGGAUAUUCUCUUGGUGAGCAAAAGGGGAGGGAUCAGCAUUGUCACUGAAGCCAAAUCAAGUGUAAAAUAGUUUCCAGCCAGACUGUUCGAAACGUCUCAGCUGAAACUGUCUGCUAUAAGAAGGAAGUGGUGAAUCCAGUACAGCUAAGUGGCAACAUGUCUGAGUUUCAGCAGCUGAUCCAGAACACCUUACCAUCUGCCAGAGAUGUUCUACGAGAGAACUAUAGCAACCUUCUCAAAGUGGCAGAUUUUUGUGACAGCAACUAUGAGCAGGCUCAAGAUAAAAGAAAAGCCCUAGAGGAAACCAUGACUUUCACAGUUCAGUCAUUAGCCAACGUGACCUAUCAAAUCAAUAACCUAGCCAGAAACAUCCUCAAAACAUUUGAUUUGCAGACCACUCAUCUCCAACAAGUGGAAGCCAACAUUUGUUCCAUUGAACAGGUUAUAGAAAUGCAUAAGGAGAAAGUGUCCCGUCGUGAAAUUGGGAUGCUUACUGUUUGCAAGACCUUUCCUCCCUAUCAGAAAAUCAUCUACCCAAAGAAACUUGAGCCUUUGCAGCCCUAUUACAGGAAACCACUGGACUUCAACACUCUGGAUGACAUUGGCCAUGGGAUCAAGGAUCAAAGCCACAGCUGGCCAAAACAGGGACUCUAUCAAGGCGAUCAAUCAAGUCUUCGGCUGGGCUGUCACCUGGAACUGUGGAAGGAGCCAGAAGGUCCUAGAAGCAAUUCCGCCACCACUCAUCCCCGAAGGCCAACUCUCAACAGCUUCAUCUUUGUUGUCAAUAAGGUACCUUUAGGUCUCCUACCCCACCUCCCCUUUCUUCCCAGCACAGAGUUUUCUUCUCCCCUCUCAACAGAUUUUUUGCCACCUCCUCCUCCUGUUCAAGCGGAAGAUGUUCUUCCUCUGCCUUACCCUGAGACAGAUCUUGAUUUUCCAACUUUUCCUCUACCACCAUCCCUGGACAAUUCCAACUAUGGUCACCUGAAGCCUCCUCUUCUGCCACCUCCACCUCCCCCAGAGAAAUUGUCGUGGGCACCAGACACCUAUCUGGAGAAAGUUGUGACUCUUUACCCUUAUGUUCAGAAGAAGGAGGAUGAACUCUCAUUUACAGAAGGGGCCAUUAUUUAUGUGACAAGGAAAUACUCAAAUGGCUGUGUGGGAGGUGUGACAUGUGAUGCAGAGGGAUUUUUCCCAGAGAACUACACUGAACCGUUGCAAUGAGCAGAAUGAAAGAGGAAAAAAUGACAGGUCCUAACACAAAUGGUGUGGAAAACGUGAGUAGUCCCACGGUGAGAUAGGCUAUGAUAAAUUUAACAAAUAAAUUUACAAAUGUUCUAGUUUAAGUUGCCAGGAAAUCAGUAUUUCUCUGACUUACUUAAACUAGGCUAAAAUCAAG